AUGAACAACACUCACACACGACCCAUGGGUCUUGCCAACCUUCUCAAUCCUCAAUCAUCACCAUCAACGGUCCCAAUCUCAGAAGCAGAACAAACCUCUCAGUCUGUCACUGACUCUAAUUACUCGGGAAAACAUGCAAGCGAUGAAUCCAGACUGACAUCUCUGACGGUGGACCAACGGAUGUUAUCCCGUCUUGAUCAAUAUACGUUUGCAGGGAUACCCAUGGGUUCCCCUUCUUCUCAUCCUUCUCAUCGUUAUCCUAUUGGUGAAGAAUCUGAAAGCGCGUUUCCUUCAAACUCUGAAGCCUUUGGACCGCAGCCUCAACAUGCAUGGUAUGGUGAUGAUUUAGAACCUUGGAGAAACAAUCAUUCUAAAUUGUUGAAUACUUCUGUACCACCACAAGCACCAAAUCAUCCCCAAUUGACAUAUCAGUCUAACCGUUUUUCUUCUUCAAAUCAAGGUACACAGGGAUCUACAUACCAAGGUCCGUCAAAUCCCUACACCCCUCCACCUCGUUAUCAACGUGGGGCAUAUCAAACCCCAAGGAACUUACCAUCGCGGAUGUCAAUAAGUAAUGGAGCUGGAAAUGGGUACCACGAAUCCACCCAGAUAACUACAAUUGAGGCUAUCGCUAUCGAAUGGGAUUCAGAUGAUGAAGGAUAUGAUGUUCAGGAUGUGAACCAUCUUUACGGUGGUGGGGGUCAUUAA